AAAUCAGGCAGCAGAAUGCUGUCCAUGACAUACAGCGAAAGCCUGAGAAGCGUGGCCAGCCGGUACCACUCGGACUGGGGUCUCCACCCGGUUCGCCAUACAGAUGUGGUGGAGCUGCAGCGGCUGCGCGAUGUCCGAGUGGCAGCACAGGCCAAAACCAUGGAAGAGUUUCUCAAAAUGCACGGGCUCUCGCUGGAGGAUUGCACAGCUCACAAGACGGGUAUGAGAUAUAGAAAUCUUGGGAAAUCGGGGUUGCGAGUGUCCUGCCUUGGCUUAGGAACAUGGGUGACGUUUGGAGGGCAGAUUACAGACGAGAUGGCAGAACAGCUGAUGACUUUAGCAUAUGACAAUGGCAUUAACCUGUUUGACACAGCAGAAGUCUAUGCUGCUGGGAAAAGCACGUGUCAGCACACGCCCAGCAGCAGAGCGCCGGAACGCUCCACACAUACAGACCUCUCGGGCUCAGUGUGCGCACCACAUUUGGAGUCAGAGACCCCAGAGCCUGGCUCGUGCCCUUUAAAGUCAAAGGCAAAGUCCCCAAUGGGCGAAUCUCCCAUAGGACUGGGCCCUCCAGUCCCUGCUUGUUUGGCAAGACCCUGGGUCCCCGUCAGCCACAGGAACAAAUUAGUUCUGUUUCUGCAAUGGCCACUCUCUCCAUGUCCCUGGGUUUUACUCCCUUUCACCAGCCAGGUGGGGUCCCCGGAAGUCCCAGCCCCAGUGCCGUGGGGACGACCUGGAGGACUCGCCCGGCUGGGGGAUGAUGCUGAUUUGCAUUUAUCUUUGUGCUUGCAGGAAGCUUACUCAGUGGCACGGCAGUUUAACCUAAUCCCGCCGAUUUGUGAGCAAGCCGAGUACCACAUGUUCCAGAGGGAGAAGGUGGAGGUGCAACUCCCUGAGCUCUUUCACAAGAUCGGGGUUGGAGCCAUGACCUGGUCCCCGCUGGCCUGUGGAAUUGUUUCUGGAAAAUAUGAUGGUGGAAUCCCCCCUUACUCUAGAGCAUCGCUGAAGGGAUACCAGUGGCUAAAAGACAAGAUCCUGAGCGAAGAGGGAAGGAGACAGCAAGCAAAGCUGAAGGAGCUGCAAGCCAUUGCCGAGCGCCUGGGAUGCACCCUGCCACAGCUCGCCAUCGCCUGGUGCCUGAGGAACGAAGGAGUCAGCUCCGUUUUGCUAGGCGCUUCCAAUGCAGACCAGUUAAUGGAGAAUAUCGGAGCAAUACAGGUUCUUCCAAAAUUGUCCUCUUCCAUUAUACACGAGAUUGAUAGUAUUUUGGGCAAUAAACCAUACAGCAAAAAGGACUACAGAUCCUAACUGUGCCUACUGUCCCCCUGGACUCACUCUCAACUCCUAGCCUUCUGUUUGCUUGCUUAAGCUUUACUGAAGCCAAGUGAAGAGUGUGAUUGGCAUCAAAAGAAUACAACAUGGCAAGAUGUGUUAGAGAAAUUGUUUAAAAUGUUGCUGCAAGAUGACAUAUGCUUAUUAUGUAACAUUUAUUUUGAAUGCAAGAAGAGUCACCGAUUGGGAAGGGUAUGCCAGAGCUGUGAUUUUACCCUAGAUGAUUGGCCUCUGUGCUUCCUUUUUUAAAAGAAGAAACUACUUUUUUUCACAAACACACACAGAAUAUCAUUGCUUUUUGUUAAUUCCAGCUCCUAUACAAUGUGCUUGAAUAUUCAGAUCUGACACAUGCACCAUUUAACUGGAAGAAUUAUAGUCUCUGUUCCAAAAGCAAUGCUGGCUUUACAAUGCUCUGGCUAAUGUGAGUGUGGAGGACUGUCUGUGGUAACCAUCUAGGCAUGUUAGAAACAGCUGUUGCAAGAGUGCUGCUUGCAUCUCCUAACUGGUUCUGUUCUUCAGUUCGCUCUGUAUAUAUUUCUGUUGGAGAAGAUUGUAUUUUUUGAAGUAUUCAAAGUGAAUCAGCCAAGUUGUUGGCAAGCAGGUGUAAGAGUUCAUGCUCCACGAUUCGGUAGCCUCCCUAAGGCCCGCACUGGGACUGGGGGGGGUUUGUCACGGUGCUUUUUUUAUUUUUCUGGUGCCUCCUGGUUGACCUUCCGAGGUGGUGUUGCUAAUCACACAAGGCCUGAGCCCACUCAGUUCCAGUCAGGGGGCUUUCUCUCCCUAUGAACAGGCUGUGUCCUCAGCCCAAGCGCCUGUUGGCCUCAGUGGGCUUCCUGGGCGUUUUGCUGAGAACGGAGUGCAGGAUGCAGUUUGUGGCUUUGAACAGAAAUGGCGUGUUGCCAUUGAAGGCAUUCCAGUAAGACUCCCUCACCUAGAAAAGCUAGAGUGCUUUUCUCUCUAGCAGGCAGUGCUAUUUUAACAUGAACAUCUUGCUGGUUUCAUUAUUUCCUCUGUAAUUCACUCAGGUCUAGGUUCUCAAUUUAAACUGCAGAUUAGUUGUAAAUGUUUAGUUUUGUACAUGUAAAACAGUGUAACUGCUUAGUAUGAAAGAGAGCAGAGACCUUCAAUUAAUCUGUCCAGGAAACAUUCGGCUUUAAUUUUAGAUGCUUGAUUUCCUUAACACCCAGAAUCUGGAGAUUUCGUAAGCAGCCUCUCGACCUGCCUGAGCCAGUCAUUCCUUUCAAAGGAGCAGGGCAGACAGGGAUUUAGUUUACAUGAGUUCCGAGGACAAUCAUGGAGCAUCGUUACCAGCUGCACAUAAUAAAUGAUGGUAAUGAGCAAGGAUGUGGGACUAAGGAGUUCAAACCCCCAGACUUGCGGCUGUGUCUGGUCUGUGGCCAGGUGCUGCUCAGUAACGUGGAUACUGCACACGGUACUGAACAGCUACAGUGCAUAUUUUUGAGAAUCUUUUGCCUUUGCAAACAAAAACAAAUAUUUUUUGUAUGUUACAAAAUCAUUAUUCAUGUUUCAUAUGCCUGACUUGUGUGGGCUGCUACCUCAUAUGGUACCAACUUUCCCCUAAAAUUCCAGACUGCAUUUGUAGGUACUUGCUUCAGUGCUGACCUAUGUGCUGUCACUGAGGGAAAUAUUCAAUUGAGCAGCAGAUAGCUUGGUCUCGCUUGCCAGAUGAAUUACUUUGGUAGACUGCUAGCGUCCCCAUUCCCAUUAAAGAUUAAUCUCAUCUUAAAAAGGAGGGGACUUUUUCAGGAAUUUAGACUAAUUGUUACAAUGUUGUGGAACCACUGAGUCAACUUGAUAUAACAGUCAACAAAUACAUAUUCAUUUCCUGUCCUAAACUCAUAGGUAGCAUUGCUAGUGCUGUUAAACAGAUGCCACUUUUCACCCUAGAGGUGGCUGCAUUUCAUUGUUGGCUAUAGGGGUCCCUUUAGGAUGCUUCUGUAAAUAAGAUGCUAUAGGAUAAGCCAUUUCACACUAGGUGGUCUGAGAUGUAAAAGCCACAGAAGUUUGCAUUACUGUAGUAAUCGCAUACUUCAAUUUUUGGUAUAAUGUUGGCAGUAUUUUCUCAUAACUAUUGCAUAGAUAACAAGGGGUUAGCUUUUGGGAACUUGAAACAGAAUCUUAUCUGUAGUCUACCAUGUGGUUAGGUUUCUGCUAACCUUAGGGUGCAGAAUUAUUCCAGCACUUAUCUAAUAUGGAUUGUCCACAGAGAAGGCAGAGUAAUACUUAUGAACAAUGAUAAAGCAACGGUGAUGAGGAAUCAUUGUUCCCUGGCAGGGUUAACGUUUUCCAGGACUCUGACUGCAUUUAUUUAGGUUUUACAAAUAUUAGUGCUUCUGUUCCGUUUUUUCUCUUUCCAGGGGCAGCUGUUCCCAGCACAGAGCACUUCCCCGGCAGCACUCUGGGAGCUGGGCACUUGCUCUGAAAAUGCCCUUGCAUUUCUUGAAUUAAUUGGCACUACCCAAGCAGUGCCUGUUUGGCAUUUGUGCAGAGAUUGUGUGUGUGGACGUGGGUCACACAAACCUCUCUAGCACAGCAGGAUCAGAGCACUGACCUAACCCACAAACAAAUCACCCACAUCUAUUGGCAGGGCUUGAUCUGGUUCCAUUAAGGCAUUUUAAAACAGCCCUCAGCUGUGUCCUCCCAACACCUUAGGUUACUGCAGUGGGAGGAGAACCAGCUACCUCGUGGAAAGCUGAUUUGCUCUGAACAUUUUUGUCUUGCUCCUUUUUAAAAGGCAUUUCUGCACCCCCCACUGGACUGGUCUCUUUGCAGCCGGUGGUGUGGGCUCGGGCUGUGUCAGCUCCAUUCCCAGGCCGGGGGUGGCGGCCUUGGCUCAGGCCCCAGUGCAGAUAAACAAGUUGUGAUUUGCACCAGUGCAGUUUAUUCCUGAUUGACUUUGCAAAUUAGAAUAUGAAUGCGCCUACUUGUGACUCUGCUAGUCUGCAGCAGGGGUCUGAACCACCAGCCCUGCCUGUAACCUCACUGGUGCCCAGAUACAGUGCAACCAAAGGGCCCUACGACUAAUGUGCGCGAUGCCGUCUUGCCCAGCCACUGCUGUUCCUACUCCCCCAUCACCAUCCAGCCCCAGCCACAGACCCUGCCCUGUUGUGAUCAGUCCCUGGUUAUGGCCCAGAAUGCUGCUCUGAGGACUGUGCAUGUCGCUGCCCAGUGUUUCAGGCCUGAUGCUUGUUGCUACUGAAUUUAAAUUUCCUUUAAGAGUAGAGUCUGUACAACUUUGAAUCCAGCCUCCAUUUUUAAGCUGCUGUAAAAAUGCGGUGGGCCAGUUGCAUGGGGUGUUAGCUCCCUGCAGCGCUGCACGUGCAUUGGGGUGGGCUUUUCCAGCAGGCAGGCAGGAUGGACGAGAGCCCGUCUCGAUACUCCCUGUGAAUUGUGCUCGGCCGUGCACCCAGGCAGGCGGCCCCAGCACCAUCCUGCCAAAGUUCCAGCCCGGCCUUCUCACUCCAGCUCCGCCUUCUCCCUGCCCUGUGCUGCACACCCACCCCCCGAACUGCAGUGGUACACUUGAGCCUGUCUGUCCCAAGCACCUGGGGCGGCGGGGGAGGAGGGCACAGCUGAACAAAGUGGUUACUUCCCUAGCUCUUAGGCCCCCCAGGAGCCUGCAUCACAUUCUCCCCAGUUUAAAGAUAGGAAACUGUAACGUAAGUGCCUGAGAGGGUCCCUUUUAUUCAGCAUUGGCUUUUCCCUGAACGCGCACGGAAGGCCUGUCCGGGAGCACAUGGUGCAGGGUGUUCUCCAGUGACUCCAAGCCCAGCGUCACCAUCUGCUCUACCUGCCAUUUGUAUCUGUUCCAUAAAGCACGGCAAGAAUCGGGCCUGCUCUCCUGCUGGAAACGCAGACGCUGCUCACUGCAUUGGCCCUGCACUAGCAGAGGGCUGGGACCAGCCGGAGACUUGGAGGUUUUUUGGUUGGUAAAGAACCUGUUAUUUACUUCUCGGCAAUAACUAAGCCCCAGUGUGGAGUGGCCGAGUCUGAUACCAGACAAGAAACAAGGAGCUAAUGUUACACAAGUGUUGGUCAUGCCCAUUCCUUCCUCAGUCUGCGCACCCCGUACAGAGCCUGGCCACAUGCCAUGGCCGGCAGUCCUGCACAGCUGUGACCAGCCCAUUGCAUUCCAGGCCUCAAUACGGACACCAGAGGCCACGCAGGGUCCUUCGGGCCCGGGUGUGAGCGAGUUGGUCACAUGGAUUUUACCAAAUGCCUAACGCCAUCGUUACCCGCUGACAGCGCUGGGCCAGUGCGUCAGUCAGUGACGCUCGGCUCUGCACUUGCAUUUCAAGAACUGACUCAAGGGAUUGGCAGGACUGAUGACUGGGGGGAGGGUUGCAGUCCUUCUGCUCGCUGGGGCAUAGGAUGCCUGUUCCUAACCCAGUGUAACUAUAUAUUUACAUGGAAUGGGCGAGCCUGCUGCUGUGAGCAGGCGAAUAACCGUCUGGCUUGUGGGCCCUGCGAAAGGGCCCACUGCUUGGGUAUCGGCUGCCCUUUGGCAUGGGGAGUAGGCAGGUAAGGGAGUAAUUGCCUUUGGAGGUGGUGUGAAACCCCAAACGGAAAUGCUGCAGGAAAGCGCAGGGUCUUGGUCUUGCUCCCCGGUGGCAGGGGGGGUUCAGGUCUCCCCAGCGUAAGGAAUGGGCAGGGAGAGUGUAAGGGGAUGACUCAGCCUUGCCUAUGAUUGCACAUUAGCGGCUGUUAUUUGUCUGGCUUGUCUAAUGUUACCUGCAGCCCCAGCGUCCCUAGGGCGCACGGUGUGGGGCUGCACCUGUUCAUGUGAAUGUUAUGAUACAAAAUGAAACUGGGGGAGGAACCACCCCCAGCCACCAAUGUUUGCUCCUGCGGCCCUUGAGCGUCCCAACCCGGAGCUGUUCAAGGACUUUUCCGGUCUGAGCCUCCAUGUCCUACCCCAGGGGGUCUCUCUGGUUCCAGUGUACGAGGAGUGUAACGUGGGUGUGCAGGUGAGUUCUGGCUGUGGUGUGUGCUUUCGCUGCCAGUCAGCGAGCCCGGCUAUUUACCAUGGAAAAUUCCGCUGCCCCCAGUAGCUGUGUUAUUGUCCCGUCUUACGGUCAAUCCUUGUAUGUAAAUAAAGCGCUUUCUUUUUAUCUGUAUAUAGAGAGAGAGACGUAUCUAGGACUGUGAUCAUUACGCUCGCUCUAACUGCAUAAACGCUAGGCAAAGCCAGCUGCCUGCAUUGUGCUGCUGAAUGAUGAUUGCGACUGAUAUUCAGCUACUGUAUUUAUGGUAUGACAAAAUAAAGACCAGCCUGAUCUGUC